CGUCCUGGGUGAAGGAUGGGGCAAGGCUGCAAAGCGAGAGCGAGGAUGCGCCUUGGCAUAGAUGAGCCAAUAAUCCCAACCGAAACAAGCCCGCUACACAACCACCAGCCAGACGAACUGAGGGCAGCAAAAAACAAAUUUUUGUCACGAUUGAAGGAGAGGGCUACUUCAGAAAGAACGAGAGUCUCCGAAAUAUUCGAGGAGGAAGCAAUUAGACAUCCUGAAGCAGCCAGCAACCUAUCAAAAGAAAAUGCCCAAAGGUCGAUGGGGCGGGCCAAGAAGAUCGUGGAGCCCACAGGGACCCCGCACUCAUUGGAGGAGACAAGGGAGCGGCUAGUUGGACGAGGACUCCUCGCAAAAACUAGAGAUGGGGUUGAAGAGUUCCUCCUCGAAGAGGAAUUCAUCGAGGAGGGAUGUGCGAUUGCCAUGGGCUUCGGCAGUAGACGAACAAUUCAAAUAAUGCGGCAGCAUCCGGGAGAAGCUUGUCACAUCUUCAUGGAUGCGACUUUCAAAGUGGUGCCCAAACAACCAGAGAGAUUGCGGCAACUGUUCUCUGUUCAUAUUUUAUUCAGGAAUGUGGUGAGUAUUCCCAGUUGCGUUUUUCUUAUGCAUUCCAAAACAGAGGAACACUACACGAGAAUAUUGAGUUAUUUGAAGGAAAAUAUCAUUACCUGGGAGAUUCAACACAUAAUGACUGACUUCGAGAGGGGCCUGAUGAACGCCAUCAGUCAAGUGUGGCCAUCGCCAGGAACUCAACACCAUGGAUGUUGGUUCCAUUAUUGUCAGUCAAUAUGGAGAGCAGUUGUGAGCUACGGUCUCGUGCAAGCGACUCGUGAGGACCCCGCUCUAAAGCGAGUUAUAAAACUCAUAAUGGCGAUACCACAUUUGCCUGCUGAAGCUGGUAGUAUCCACAGCAAUGAGGUUCCGCCAUUUUCAAUUGCUGAUGGACUGGCAGCUGUGAAACGUUUCGCCAGAGAGGAGAACCUGCUCAACGAAGCACUAGCGCGUGUCUUUGCUUAUGUGAGGAGAUAUUGGCUAUUGAGAGUGGGAGCUCAACGGCUGAGUGUUUUUCGGCUGCCCAACAGAACCAACAACUGUGUGGAAAGCUUCCAUGCGAAGUUGUUGGCGGCUCUUGGGCCACACUUGAAUAUCUUCGAAUUCAUUGGAGGUCUCCAGCGAAUCGAGCAGGAAUUCUAUUUCAAGCAGCUCAGAAAUGACAACAUCCUCGACCUGAAUAACCGUAAUCGCGGGAGGAUGGGUCGUUUAACUACGGCCGGAAUCGCUGACUCAAUGAACUUACUCGUUCGACGACAAAUAAGUUUGAUUGACUUUUUAAAAAGAGUCUCACAUCAGACUGACUCAUUGUUUGAUGUUUUCAACCACUCUCUACAAGCAAACGAGGGAUUAUUCGCGGAAGAACUGGAGGUUGACAUCAGAGAUGAGUGGAUAACUCUAGACGUCGAUGAGGAGGAGGACGAGGAAGAGGUGGUGGUUGUGGAAGAAGCUGCUGCCGUCCCAGCUGUUGCCGAGCCAGUCCCAGAAAGGUUGGUGCAACGAAGACCUCGCGGCCGUGGCCAAUCGCGGGGUCGUCGUGGCCAGCAGCUAAGAGGUGCUCGUGGCCGAUCUCGUCUUCAACAGCGUGGGCAAGGAAUGAACAACUGGCACAAUUUCGGCCGCUGCACCAUCUGUUUGGACCUCGAGUCAACCCAUGCGGCGAUUCCAUGCGGUCACAUCUGCAUGUGCACUCGAUGUGCUAAUCUAAAUAGACAACAUAAUCCACGGGACUUGAGAUGCCCACUGUGCAAUAUUCCAAGCACGGAAUACGUCAGAAUGUGGGCAUCGGAUACUGUGUAG